AUGAAAUCGACCGGGGGAACCCCCGGCAAGGAUAAGAAGGCUGCCGGCAAGGACAAGAAGAGGGGCGAUAAGCAGGAUCCGCUUCACGAUCCCGUCCGCGCCGUCGCGUAUCACCUCCGCGGUUCCAAGGGGCCGGAAUCCCGGAACGCGCGGCUCGACGACUACCAGCGCAUCGACUACUUCCGCGGGAAGGACCUCUUCCGCCUGCUCCGCAAGCACCCGGGCCUCCUGGAUGAGUACGCGCCCGCGAUCACCGGCAAACCCACCCCGGCGAACCCGGGCAUCAAGGAGCGCGACGUCCAGAUCGCCGAGAUCGGCGAGCGGCUCAUGCGCGACGGGUACUUCUUCCGCAUCGAUCGCGUCUACGAGGACCCGAGGCCGGGCCGCACGCGCCGCGUCAAGUUCCCGAAGUUCAUGCAGACCCUGCCGCGGCAGAUGCAGAAGUUCACCGACGACGGCGAGGGUUUCUACGGCUGGCGGUACGAUCGGCCGAUGUCCUGGACCUCGAUCUUGCUCUCCUGCCUCGCCGCGUUCGCCAUCGUGCUCAUGUGCCUCUUCCCGCUGGCGCCGAUAUGGAUGAAGAAGAUGGUGCUCUACGCGUGCCUAUCCAUCCUCGGUUUGUUCUUCGUCGUCUUCGUCGUGCGCACCGUCGUCUUCGCCGUCGUCUGGCUCCUCACCGGCCGGCAUUUCUGGAUCCUGCCCAACAUCACAUCCGACGAGAUCCCAAUCGACGAGGUCUUCUCGCCGAUGUGGGAGUUCGACGAUCUCGACGCCUCGGGCAACGUCGUCGGCAGGAUCGGCGCGGUGAAGCGACUCGGCCUGGCUGGCGCCCUCACCGCCGUGCUCGUCGGUCUCUACAAGAUCGCGCCGGAGAACACCAAGGCUAUCAACAUACACAAAGCGCACGACUCCAUCCUGGACCUCUUCGACCUCAACGACGUUCCCAAGGGCAUCGCCGGAUCCGUCGCGGCGGCGGGAGGAGAGUCGCAGGUCAACGCGGAAGGCACCGCAAACGUCACCGCAAACGCCACAGAGCCGCCGAUCGAG